UUAUAUUCUUUUCUCCUUGUUUCAUUUUUAGAAAUAUGUAAUAAUUAAAUGUUAUUAUACGUUAAAGUGUGUUGACUUACACUGAGCUAUGUUAAUAAAUUAUUUCCAAUGUGUUUCUACCAACAGGUUGGCGAUAGUAUUGUUCACAAAGCCAGAGAGACCUUGGAACGAGCUAUUAAACUGGUGAAUGAUACCAAGAAAUGGGGUGCUAGGGUUGUGUAUGGUGAUACUGACAGUAUGUUUGUGCUACUGAAAGGAGCCACUAAGGAGCAGUCUUUUAAGAUUGGUCAGGAAAUUGCCGAAGCUGUAACUGCUACCAAUCCUAAACCAGUGAAAUUGAAGUUUGAAAAGGUAUAUUUGCCUUGUGUUUUACAAACAAAAAAGAGGUAUGUGGGUUACAUGUAUGAAACACUGGAUCAGAAGGACCCGGUAUUUGAUGCAAAAGGAAUAGAAACAGUUAGAAGAGAUUCCUGCCCUGCUGUUUCUAAGAUACUUGAGCGUUCUCUAAAGCUGCUAUUUGAAACAAGAGAUAUAAGUCUAAUUAAACAAUAUGUUCAGCGACAAUGUAUGAAGCUUCUGGAAGGAAAGGCCAGCAUACAAGACUUUAUCUUUGCCAAGGAAUACAGAGGAAGUUUUUCUUAUAAACCAGGAGCUUGUGUGCCAGCCCUUGAACUUACAAGGAAAAUGCUAACUUAUGACCGGCGCUCUGAGCCUCAAGUUGGGGAGCGAGUGCCAUACGUCAUCAUUUAUGGGGCCCCUGGAGUACCACUUAUCCAGCUUGUCAGACGCCCAGUGGAAGUCCUGCAGGACCCGACUCUAAGACUGAAUGCCACUUAUUAUAUUACCAAGCAAAUCCUUCCACCUUUGGCAAGAAUCUUCUCACUUAUUGGUAUUGAUGUCUUCAGCUGGUAUCAUGAAUUACCAAGGAUCCAUAAAGCUUCCAGCUCUUCGCGAAGUGAACCUGAAGGGCGGAAAGGCACUAUUUCACAAUAUUUUACUACCUUACACUGUCCUGUGUGUGAUGAUCUAACUCAGCAUGGCAUCUGUAGUAAAUGUCGGAGCCAACCUCAGCAUGUUGCAGUCAUCCUCAACCAAGAAAUCCGGGAGAUGGAACGUAAACAGGAGCAACUUGUAAAGAUAUGCAGGAACUGUACAGGUUGCUUUGAUCGACACAUCCCAUGUGUUUCUCUGAACUGCCCAGUACUUUUCAAACUCUCCCGAGUAAAUAGAGAACUGUCCAAGGCACCAUAUCUCCGGCAAUUACUAGACCAGUUUUAAAUUGUCAAUGUCACAGAAUUACAGGUGUUGGAUUUGCUCCAGUAUGUGUACCAUCUUGUAAAUCCAUUUGACUAGAUCAUGUUUACUUCCCUGUGGAAGGAGCACUGAAAACCUCUUAAAGAAAAAACAUUCGUGUGUUUUCCUUGAACAGUCUGUAUCAAGACGUGUUACUUCGAGAUAUCCAUUUGCUUUAUAAUUUUGACUGCAAAAUAUUUUGUAAAUACACUUUUUUACUUUUCAAACAACUGAGUAAAAUAAUGUGCAAUGACUUUUAUACAAAUGAUUUUCAAGUUGUUUGGUAUAUUUCCUCUAGGUUUUGCUUGACUCAAAGUAGAUCGUUAUUUUGAUCAAACUGUGCAAACACAGUAGUACCAUGUGUAGCAUUUUGAAACAUUAUUUUUUAAAAAAAAAAUGCUGUCUUGCUUUAGCUAUUAAUGGGGCAUUGUGAGGAACUGUGCAAAGACAUUUUUGUUACAAACCUGUGGGCCUGUUGCAAUACUUUAAAAAUAAAAAAUUUUAUUCCAUUUGCUUGUUUUGUAUAGACAUUUCUAUUGCUUCUAAAUAUGCUUAAAAUAUUUUCUUUCCUUACGUACUGUACAGUUAAUCUUAUUUGCCAUCAUCUUGAACACAAAAUGUGUAUUUAGAAUAUUUGUAUAACUGUGUAAAAUAAAAAAGGAAUUAUGUGGUCAGUGCGUUGUUUUUUAAACUGGAAAUCAUUUUGUUUUAAAAGUUAAUGGAAACCAUAUUAAAAUUGAAUAAAAUAUGAAAUAU